AUGGCGGCAACAUCCCCCGCCGACCUCGCCGCACUGGCUGCCACCGACGUCGCCGUGCCCAUCCCCAAGGCCCAGCUGUACGCCGCCCUGCAGAGCCCGCCUUUUGCAUACGUCCCGGGCACGUUCAACACGCGCGACAUUGGCCGCCAGCAGCAGCAGCAGCAAAACGCACAAACAACCAGCGACGGCAACAGCAGCAGUGUUGAUGGCAUCCGGCCGGGCUACGCGUUCCGCUCUGGCGGGUUCCUGCUCGGGCCCGGGCUCAGCGACGACGCCAAGGCGGUGCUGACGCGGCGGCUGGGGAUCACCAAGAUCUUCGACUUCCGCUCCGUCGAGGAACACACCGCGCAGCCGGACCCGUCAGUGCCCGGGAUCGAGAACGUAUGGACGCCGGCCGUCGAGCUCGAGGCGGUUGUCGAGGUGCGCGAUUUCGUCGAUGGCGGCGGAGAAAAAGGGUACGAGGCCAUGUACCUCGACGUGCUGCGGCUGUAUGGAGCGAAUUUGAAGGUUUUGCUGGAGCACGUGCGCGACGAGCCGGCGAAGGGGUUUCUGUUUCAUUGCACUGCCGGGCGCGACCGCACGGGCGUCGUGGCGGGGCUGCUGAUGGCGCUGGCGGGGGCGGCGGCCGACGACAUCGCGCACGACUACCUGCUGUCGCGCAUCGGCACGGAGCCGGCGCGCGAGCAGCUCAUCGCCUUUGCGCUCAAGGGGUCGGGCGCGGCCGGGCCUGACGCGCCGGGGUUCCACAACCUCAUCAGCCUGCGCGGGGCGUGCUGGGCGGCUUUUGUGGCCGCCGUCGACCGCGAGUACGGCGGCUUCGAGGGCUACGUGAGGCACACGCUCGGCUUCUCGGCCGAGGACGUCGCGGUGAUCAAGAAGAAUCUCGUUGAGGGCUGA